GCUGUUUAACUGUCAUUGAGUUAACCUCAAAGAGAUUCAACCGGUCGAUCCGAUUUAAAGAAUAUUGUUUAAUUAGAAAGUAUUUAAAAUUAUAUUAAUAACAUAAUAAUAACACAAUGGACACAAGAAUGAAUACGUUUUUUGUUUCGGAGAAAAUAUCCAAAAUACGCUGGCUUCCGGAUAAUUUGCAAGCAAGCGAACGUUUCUUAACCGGCAGCUGGGAUAUGCCCGCAAACUUUGUGCGCUUGUGGCGCUUACAGCAGAAUCAAUAUGCAGAUGACUAUAAUGAAUUUGUGCCGCGCUGUAGUGACAAACAAUCGUUCGAUAGUGACAUUACAGGAAUCGAAUUCAUCACCAACGAUAUAGCGGUUGUCAGUAGCGCAAAUGGUCGCAUUACAAUACUGGAAGUUAAGCCCGCCGUGGAUGACGAUGUAUUGCAGCAAAACGUCCAAAGUGAGGUCCUGCACAAAUUCGAGGCCAGUGGAGAUGCCGCACCUUGUACGGCGGUAUCGGUAUAUGAAAGAGAGAUCGCUACAGUAGGCGAAGAUGGUCGACUGAAUAUUAUCAAUGCUAACGACGUGAGUAAGUUGCGACGCACUUUUGAAGCAGACAGCAUAGCACUUACGGCAGUUAAGUACGUAAAUCCACAUGAAGUGCUUACGGCAAAUCGUAUGGGUGUUAUACGCAUGUUCGAUACGAGAGCAACGGAUGAAGAAGUAGCCGUAACUGCUUUCAUGACAUCGUGUGAAGACGAGAGACGUUCGAAUUAUGUAUCUGCACUCACCUCACAUCCCACACAACCCCAUAUUGUUCUAGCCGGAUCGGAGGAGGGCUCCAUAACCGUGUGGGAUCUACGUCAACCCGGCUAUCCGGCAUCCUACUUGAGUGCACAUACCAGCGCCAUAACAGAAAUCGGUUUUCAUCAUAGAGAACCCUCGAAACUCUUCACAGCAUCAGAGAGUGGCGAACUGUGGUUGUGGUUGCAGCAGCCCAAUAUGAGCAUUACAAAUAUGGAACCCGGAAAACCCGUCGCUGAAAAUGUAAAUCCCUGGCUAAAUGGCGAGCGCGCAAAAAGUCGUAUUAAUGUUACAUGUCUAAUUUCCAAUUUGCGUAAAUCUAUCAAUACAUUCGAUGCAAGCGGCUCAAAGCUCAUAUGCGGCAGUGAUAGUGAAGCGAUUUAUUUAAUUGAUAAUAUAUACUAAACGUAGUCUUAGAAAUAGUGUACGACAUUAAAAUUGGUUAUUUUUAUAA